AUGCAAAGUGGCCAGCCCCACAAUGUUCUCCUGACCGGGGCCUCUGGCUACCUCGGAGGUAGCCUGUUUGCUGGGUUGGAAAGUUAUGGCUUGAGCGGCUAUGACAAGAUCUACGCAUUGGUUCGAUCAGACGCCCAGAAGGAAGCAGUUCAACAAUAUGGCGCUGAGCCCUUGAGCGUGUCCUCGAAGGAUGCCAAGGCAGUCAGAGAUGUGGCUAUGCAGAACAAGAUAUCUGUGGUGUUCUACCUGAUCGACGUUUUCGAAUCGACCGCUCAAGAGAACCUGAUCAAGGCCUUGGGCGAUUUGAGGCAGACCACUGGGCAAGAUGUGCACUUUCUUCACAUUCCUCGCAAGACAUCUGGCGCAAAGAUCUUCUCCAGUGACGCUGGCGCUCCGACAGACAGAGAGCUUUUGGACACUGACCCCAACCUCUAUGACAUUCAGAAAGGACAAAAGGCGUCAGCCAAUAUUCUUCAGAAGGCGGGUUCUCAACAGCCAACUUGGAACACAUUCGUCUGA